UCUUGCUGAAGAAGAGAAGCUCAGUGGACCGAAGCACAAGACGGUGGUGCCGGAGCCGAAUGCGACCAUUAAACUCCAUCGUUUCUCAAUCGACCUGUUCUUAAUUUGCUCGCUGUUCCUCCUCUGUCGACGGCGCCGAUUCACCGGCGGUCACCUUCGGAAAAAUGAUGUCACCAAGGCCGAUGUCUGAGGAUCGAGGAUCCUCGAUUCAUUUCAGGCAUACACCGUUGCAGAUAGUCCAUGUAGUUGGAAAUUUCUUUCGGAUAUGGUCAAUCUAUUCCAUGUAUCGCUAUUUUUCCCAGACUGGAGCUUCAGUUGUACUUUUUCUCUUUUGUUGUUUGGCCCCAGCAGCCAUCAUAUUCUUGACUUUGCAAAAGCCUUGGAAGGGAAAACCCCUUUCAAAUACUCAGGUAGUUCCUUCUGUGAUAAAUGGUGGCAUAACAGCUUUAUACUUUAUCAUGUGGGGAAAGGGCCUUAAGGCAUGUGGACCUCUGAGGGCUAUACUUGUGGAGUAUUCUGGUGCUGUCCUUGGAGUGCUUUCUGCUGUUUUGUAUGGUCGGAGGGGCUUUGUUUGGAAAAAGGCUGCCGGUCUCCUUGCAAUGUUGGUAUCUUUCUACUUCUUAUCACAAGGGUGGGCCAUGGCCACACGUUUUCCCUUCUCUGCGAAAGAUGGCUCUGUCUCUGAGGAUCAGACUGAACAAGUGUUGGGUAUGAAAGCAAUGACAAUUCCCAUCUUUGCUGGAAUAUUAUCAGCAUUGAGAAGGGUCAUUGCUCGCCGCGUUUCACUUAAGAAUCAACUUAAAAGACGACUUCAUGCCAUAACAAUGGCUUCUGCAACUUGUUUUCUCUUUCCUAUAGCCAUGUGGGAUAUGAUAAUUGGGUCAACUUCUGAUAACAGCAGAGAGCUUCCUUUCUCCACCUGGGCAUUUUUAAGCACUAUACUUUUUGGUGUUAUUCUGAUAUUUUACGUUGACAGCAUUGCUGAAGAGAGAUUGCACAUGGUUUUUUCUUCUCCAAGGCAUUUGAUGGUGGCUGGUGGAAGCAUAAUUGCACUGGAGAUUUUAUACAAGAUGGAUUUUUCUCUAAUCGGCUUCAUUAUCUGCUGCUCAAUUUUGGGGUUUGGGAUACAUGAAGCAACUUCUUUAGACCGCAGCAGAAAAGAUUCUUCUCGCAAUUCUGAUACAUCAAAUGGUUUAUUGGACGACCAAGAUCAGAUUCCAUCACUUCCAACUUGAUUAAUCAGGAGAUGGUGGUUUGGCCCAAUUUUAUUACUGUUAUCAGGCGUGACACUUGUUUAUUUGGCUGCCAAAUGUGCCGUACUCAAAUGCGUAAUGCCCAUCACAUUUUUCGCCUUCAUGCCCUGUACAGUCUGCUUUGCAAGCAGUCUCUCACAAUUCUUUCCGAAUUUUAGCGCUGACCAUAUGUAAGGUUCUCAAAACUUGUAUCCACUUUAGCUUCAAAUUUACGUGUCUAUUGGAUUUCUGAUCUGUACUUAGAACCCUACUAACCUGUAAACCAAUGACAGUUUUCACACCAUGGAAUUCCUUUGCUCUUUGUUCAUUCUUUAA